UUUUUCUUGUUCCAGUUUGUGGCCAAGGCCGAAGCGAACUCGUAGAGUGUUUUUUCCGUCAGCACACGUCUGGUAACUGUCGGUUGCGGUGGUGAUUGCUCUAUCUCCUAGAGAAGUUUUUCUUUUUUUCUUUGUGGAACGCCUCCAGGCUUCUGGGAAAGUUUGAUGGAGUGAAAGUGAUUGUUCUCAGCUGGAUGCAGAUUGUUUGGCGGUCAAGCGAUAGGCAUAAGCUUCCAGUUGACUGGUCUGUGCACCCAAAUACAUCAAUCUUUAGCCGGCUAUUGGAAUACAUCAAUACAAGCAGCAGUUGUUUAUCCGCCGCCUAGAGUAUCUGCACCCGUUCCCCACCGAAUGCCUUAUUAUGCCUUCCGGUGCCAAUAAGAAGUCACCCUCUGGCGGUGGUGGUGGAAAGGGCAGUAAACACCAACAAAACAACAACAACAGCAAAAAGGGAAACGACAAAACCGCUGCGCCGGAAACGGCCUCUGCUGGAGAUGAAGACAUCAAUUCCGGCUUCGGGCAGUACAUGCGUUCCCCACAAGCUAUCGAAAUGAUGAAACUGUUUGUCGUUGCAAACACCCUGGUAAUGUUCUUCACCAUGGCAUGGCCUCAAAUGAAGCAUUCUUACGAGAUUCUUCGGUCCAUGAUCUACGGAGAUGAAGAGGAUGAGCUGUAACCGUUGUUAAUUGUCCUCAAAAGCGAACCAAUCCAAUCAACAAUGUUACUAUUAGCGUUUAAGAGCCUUUUCUUCGUGGCGGCCAUUUUUGCCUACAGCACCGGAGUUUGGCGACUGAUCAACGACUACUUCCGGCAGGAAUUCCGCACAUUUCUCGACGAGGAAGUGAAGAAGAACAAGUACUUGAUUGUCGAUCCAGAUCAUAGUGCUGCGCCGUCACCGCCCGCAGAAAUCAUUUCCGAAAGUCAAGUUCGAAAAGCCCAGGGAUCGGUUACGGCGAAUCGACUGCUAGACGAGAUGAUUCUGAGCUUCGGGCGGCUGUUCACCGGUGGGGACGAGGCGAAACUGGCCAGGAGACGCACUUCGGCACAACCGCCGACAAAUAAAAUUAUAACGGCAACUUCUUCGUCUUCGACGAGCCAGCCGGUUCCGGGCGGAAUCGGAACCAGUUCGGGAUCGACGGAUUCGAGCGGCAGAGGAGGGACAGUAAUUGAAAGUGAUAAGUUUCGGGGAAGUUCUUCACCCGAACAAGAGAACAAUAACUCCGAUGAGAGUGAUGGUCGUGAUUGUGAUGAUGAUGACGAUGCAAAUGACGUUAGUGACGAUGAUGAAGAAAAUUGGAUUAAGUACUGGAAAAAUCGUGAACAGGGACAAUUGGUGAAUGAAGGUGGAAGUGAUGGGGAUGGGGAAGGUCACUGUGAAGCGAAGGUGGUGGACACUUGCGGACCAUGAAUCUUGUGCUUCCGGGCAGGUCAGGUGGUGUUGGUCAGCUGAACAGCAAAAAAUAAAUUUAUAAUAUUGAUAUUUUUCAACAAUAUUCGUUUGCAAAUUUUUUUAUAGACGACAUUUUGAAAGACAAAACGUCAAAAGGAUAAAUGGUUGAAAGACAAGAGGCGUAAAGGACGAAAGAUCGAAACAAAUUUGCUUGGGGCAAAUUUUUCCUUGUUUUAAAAAGAUUUUCAAAAUUUUUCUUAUCCUUAAGUCUUUUGACUUUUUGUCAUAGAUUCCACCAUACUUUCAGCAAAAAUGACAGACUAUUACAAUUUAUUUUUUGCUGUGUGGAACUGCAAAAUGGGAUAAAGUUUUAUCGAGAGUGCAUAAUCGAGUGGUGAUCGAAUGGCACCGGUAUCGAGACCGGGAGAUCGGAAAUGGGGUGCACCAGAAGGAAAAGUUUUAUUGGACGGUUUAUUGCAUUCAAUAGGUGACUGCUGCAGGCUGCAGGAUUCAAUUAGCAACAC